CGUGACCGUCCAAUAUGGCUUCCCUGUGUCGGCGCCAGCUGUCUGGUGGUUUGGUGUGAUUUGUUAGCUCUUUGCGGCAUGAUAAUCUCCCCACGAUUUCGCCAUGCAAAAAAUCAAAUCUCUCAUGACCCGACAGGGUCUGAAAAGCCCUCCAGAGAGCCUCAGUGAUUUUGGUGCCAUUGAGAGUCUCCGGGUCCCUGGAAAGGAGGAAUUCAGGGAACUUCGAGAACAGCCAAGUGACCCUCAAGCUGAACAAGAGCUAAUUAAUAGUAUUGAACAAGUAUAUUUUUCUGCGGACUCCUUUGAUAUUGUCAAAUAUGAGCUGGAGAAGCUCCCACCUGUUCUCAAUUUGCAAGAAUUAGAGGAGUAUAGAGACAAAUUGAAACAACAGCAAGCUGCAGUCUCUAAAAAAGUAGCAGAUUUAAUCCUUGAAAAACAGCCUGCUUAUGUAAAGGAACUUGAAAGAGUUACCUCAUUGCAGACAGGCCUUCAGUUAGCCGCGGUUAUCUGCACAAAUGGGAGGAGACACUUGAAUAUUGCAAAGGAAGGUUUCACUCAAGCUAGUUUGGGCCUUCUUGCAAAUCAAAGGAAACGUCAGUUGCUGAUUGGACUUCUGAAAUCUCUGAGAACCAUAAAAACAUUGCAAAGAACAGAUGUACGCUUGAGUGAAAUGCUGGAGGAGGAAGACUAUCCAGGAGCUAUUCAAUUGUGCCUGGAAUGUCAGAAAGCUGCCAGUACUUUUAAACAUUAUAGUUGUAUAAGUGAGCUGAAUUCAAAGCUGCAAGAUACUUUAGAACAAAUUGAGGAACAAUUGGAUGUAGCUCUUUCCAAAAUCUGCAAGAAUUUUGACAUUAAUCAUUAUACCAAGGUUCAACAGGCUUAUCGACUUCUUGGAAAAACACAGACUGCAAUGGAUCAGCUUCAUAUGCACUUCACCCAGGCCAUUCAUAAUACUGUGUUUCAAGUCGUCCUUGGUUAUGUGGAACUAUGUGCAGGAAACACCGAUACAAAAUUCCAAAAGCUGCAAUAUAAAGAUCUCUGUACGCAUGUUACACCAGACAGCUAUAUUCCAUGCCUUGCAGAUCUCUGUAAAGCACUGUGGGAAGUUAUGCUCAGCUAUUACAGGACUAUGGAAUGGCAUGAAAAGCACGACAGUGAGGAGACUGCUUCUGCUUCUGAAGGAAGUAAUGUAAUGGGUACUGAAGAAACCAAUUUUGAUCGUGGCUACGUGAAAAAGAAGUUAGAACAUGGACUUACACGAAUAUGGCAGGAUGUUCAGCUAAAAGUAAAAACCUAUUUGCUUGGAACUGAUUUGUCUAUAUUCAAAUAUGAUGACUUCAUCUUUGUUUUGGAUAUAAUCAGCAGGUUGAUGCAAGUUGGAGAAGAAUUUUGUGGUAGCAAGUCUGAAGUUUUGCAAGAAUCUAUUAGAAAACAAAGUGUCAACUAUUUCAAGAACUACCAUAGAACACGACUAGAUGAACUGAGAAUGUUCUUAGAGAAUGAGACUUGGGAACUUUGUCCUGUUAAGUCAAAUUUCAGCAUUUUGCAACUUCAUGAAUUUAAAUUCAUGGAACAGUCUCGUUCCCCAUCAGUUUCACCUAGUAAGCAGCCAGUCUCAACUUCUUCAAAAACAGAGACCUUGUUUGAGCAGUACUGUAGUGGUGGGAAUCCAUUUGAAAUUCAGGCCAGCCACAAAGAUGAAGAAACAGAAGAUGUCUUGGCUUCUAAUGGGUAUGAAUCUGAUGAACAAGAAAAGAGUGCCUAUCAGGAGUAUGACAGUGACAGUGAUGUUCCCGAGGAACUCAAGCGAGAUUAUGUGGAUGAGCAGACAGGAGACGCUCCUGUGAAAAGUGUUUCUCGAGAAACCCUAAAAAGUCGGAAGAAAUCAGAUUACAGUCUAAAUAAAGUGAACGCACCCAUCUUAACAAAUACGACAUUGAAUGUAAUAAGGCUUGUUGGGAAAUAUAUGCAGAUGAUGAACAUUCUUAAGCCAAUUGCCUUUGAUGUUAUCCAUUUCAUGUCUCAGCUAUUUGAUUAUUACUUGUAUGCCAUAUAUACCUUUUUUGGCCGGAAUGAUUCAUUGGAAUCAACAGGACUCGGUCUUAGUAGUAGUAGACUAAGAACAACUCUCAACAGAAUACAAGAAAGCCUUAUUGAUUUGGAAGUUUCAGCUGAUCCUACUGCCACACUCGCAGCAGCAGAAGAAAGAAAGGAGAAGGUACCCAGCCCACACCUCAGUCACCUAGUGGUUUUGACAUCUGGGGAUUCACUGUAUGGGUUGGCAGAAAGAGUGGUAGCCACAGAAUCCCUGGUAUUUCUGGCUGAACAGUUUGAAUUCCUUCAGCCACAUCUGGAUGCUGUGAUGCCAGCAGUCAAAAAGCCCUUUCUGCAGCAGUUUUAUUCUCAGACAGUCUCAACUGCUAGUGAACUACGCAAACCAAUUUACUGGAUUGUAGCUGGUAAAGCCAUUGAUUAUGAACAGAUGCUGCUCCUAAUGGCUAAUGUGAAAUGGGAUGUAAAAGAAAUCAUGUCACAGCAUAACAUAUACGUAGAUGCAUUGUUAAAGGAAUUCGAGCAGUUUAACAGGAGGUUAAAUGAAGUUUCUAAGAGAGUUCGGAUACCCUUGCCUGUGUCUAAUACACUUUGGGAACAUUGUAUACGAUUGGCUAAUAGGACUAUUGUGGAAGGAUAUGCCAACGUCAAGAAGUGCAGUAAUGAGGGUCGUGCCUUGAUGCAAUUGGAUUUUCAACAGUUUUUAAUGAAACUUGAAAAACUAACAGAUAUUAGACCCAUUCCUGAUAAAGAAUUUGUGGAAACUUAUAUCAAAGCCUACUACCUAACUGAGAAUGACAUGGAACGCUGGAUCAAAGAGCACAGGCAGGAAUAUUCAACAAAGCAACUGACCAAUCUGGUGAAUGUUUGCCUGGGAUCCCAUAUCAAUAAGAAAGCAAGACAGAAACUUCUAGCAGCUAUAGAUGAUAUAGACCGACCUAAAAGAUAAUGAACACAGCUCUUUUUCCUCAGUGACAUCGAUCUCAAAAUACAUGACAUGAAAGCCAGUUUUCAUGCACUCCUGACAGCUGUCUCCUAAGAAAACUCUGCGCAUGUUCUUUCCAACUGGAAAGUGGAAAAUACUGAAGUGUAUGUGGUGUUCUCAAUGACUUUACAUGCUCUGGUCUCUUCUCUUCAACUUUUGUUGUAAUCUUUUUCCUGAAAUGAUACUAUUGCCUCAUCAUAACUAUUGUUAUGUGACUACAAUUAUACAUUUACAGAAGAAUGUACCAUAAAUUAUAAUUUGAAGGAACAUUGGCUAAUAUAUCUGUGAGCAGUUUUUAGAGAGUGAAUUUAUGUCAGCAUAUUUUUGCUCUCUGAACUUAGUUCUUAAUAGGCAUAAUAAGAGAAGGUUAAUGUACAGUAUUUCCUAAUUAUGAGCACUGCAUGAGAAUUAAAAAGUACAAGUAAGUGAAAGAGUUGAAAAAUCAGUAUGUUUUGUUUUUAAAUGUCAAAAUUUAUGUGAGUGAAUUUGGUUAUAACAAAGUGAUCAUAAAUGAUGAAAUUUAAUAAAUAUUAUACUCUAAAAUGAUCAGCCUGUGUGAGACUGCAUUUUGGUAUGUUUACCUGGCAGACAGAUUUCAUGAAAGUGUAAUGUAAUUUUUAGCACAUUAUAAUUCUAAUUAUUUUAUAUCCUGAAGUCAGUGAUAAGAGGUGAUUUCAUUGUGUAUACCUUUUCAGUGUCUGAGUACCAUACAGAAUGAUGAUUAUGCAAAUUUUUAAAUCUUUCUUUAUAAAAAUAUUCUAUAGAAUAGGAUAUUUUAUACAAGCUUUGCUUUCUUUGAAUGCAACUUUUGUCUUAGGACAGCAAAACCUGGGUUGAGUGACUCAGGAAAGAACUGUCAUCAAGCUUAAGUGUAGGUUCAUAUGUUUGCCUCCUUAAAUAUGUGCUUUGUAACCCAUGUUAAGUACCACUCUUCCAAACUUUGCAAUGGAGCCAGGUAUCUUCUUAACAGUAUAUGACAUGAAUAUCAAUUUCCCAUGCAUGCACUUAUGGCAGCUAUCUAAUGAAGAAUUUUGUGUGUGUUCUUUUUGACUGAUGAAUGAAUGACAUCUAAGCUUGAAUGGGCAUUGGCACAGUGAUUAUAUGCAUGAUCUGUAACAUCAGAAGCUUGCUGUAUCCUGAGGAAUUUCAUUAGAAACAGGUCUUGCAUCCAGGAGUUCAGACACCUCAGGUGCUGAAGUGAAGGACAGUGGGUGGCAUGUGGUCAGGCAUGGAGGUGUCCAUCCACCCUUAAAAAUGUCCAAGACCAGCAUGAUAUAAUGUGAGGCACUUGUAGCAUAUUUUUGGGUAUGGGUGUUUAUAUGUAUGUGAAGUUGACUUUUAUUUUCAGCCUCUCAGUUCACAGUUCAUUUAAUGUCAAUUUAAAACUUUCCUCUUGUAAAAGGAUGAUCUGCUUAUGAUACUAGAUUAUAUACUUACAAAAUAUAUUCUGCCUGUAUCCUUUGUCUACAUGCAUGCAGCCAUUUGAAGAAAAUAAACAUGAGAUAAGCAUGGUUCUUGGGUUUAAAUGGCGUAGUCAGCUAUGCACAUAAAGAAUUAAUCAAUCUUAUUUAUUUUCCAGUUGAUUAGGAGAUCCUUAUUUCUUCUUUUUUGCAUGGAUUUUAUGACUGAUUUCCAUCAAUUUCUACUUUAAAUUGGCUCUAGAUAAAACAAAC